AUGCUCACGUCACAAAGCGCUCCGCACGUACACGUCGACGCUUCCCUCUCAAACGAAGCGGAGGCGCCAACGCGUCACGUGGCCGCUUCCAACCGCCGUCUUCGCACUUCAACUUCAACUCCUCCUUCCCUUCAGUAUCGGUCUCCGCCGUCAGCCAUGUCUUCUGGGUCGAAUAUUUUUGACGUUACCUCCUUUAUCAAGGACCUGCUGGCUGGGGGCGUGGCCGCUGCGAUCUCCAAGACGGCGGUGGCGCCAAUCGAGCGGGUGAAGUUGCUGCUGCAGGUGCAGGGCUCCAGCAAGCAGAUCAGCGUUGACAAGCAGUACAAGGGCAUCAUCGACUGCGUUGUCCGGAUACCCAAGGAGCAGGGAUUUCUGAGUUUUUGGCGUGGCAACUUAGCGAAUGUGAUUCGAUAUUUCCCAACUCAGGCUCUGAAUUUUGCCUUCAAGGACAAAUACAAGCAAUUAUUUAUGGGAGGAAUUGACAAAGAAAAACAGUUUGGAAAAUGGUUCUUGGCAAACUUAGCAUCUGGAGGAGCUGCGGGUGCUACGUCCUUGUGUUUUGUAUAUCCACUGGAUUUUGCGCGAACACGUUUGGCAGCUGACAUCGGCAAAGGUCCUCAGGAGAGGCAAUUUACAGGUCUUGCUGACUGCAUCAUGAAAGUUGCAAAGCGAGAUGGGCCUCGGGGUCUUUAUCAAGGAUUUGCUGUUUCAGUGAAUGGCAUCAUUGUAUAUCGAGCUUCCUACUUCGGAUGCUAUGAUACAAUCAAGGGCGUGUUACCAGACCAAAAGAAUACUCCUGUCUUUCUGUCAUUUUUAAUUGCUCAAGCUGUUACCUCAUUUUCUGGGAUAUUGUCUUAUCCUUUUGAUACCGUGAGAAGACGUUUGAUGAUGCAGAGCGGUGAAUCAGAUAGACAGUACACUGGAACACUGGAUUGCUUCUAUAAGAUUUUUAAAAAUGAGGGAUUUGGUGCUUUCUUCAGAGGAGCCUUUUCAAAUAUCCUGCGUGGGACUGGUGGUGCUUUAGUUCUUGUGUUUUAUGAUGAAAUCAAGAAAUUGCUGGUUAUUUUGGAAAACAAAGUUAGUUAA